CGAAAUGGAGGCGCAAUGGGACGAUGGGUUCACCAUAUCGCACUAUCUGUCGCACUUCCUGUCAAAUUCUUUGGGAAAAAUAGUCUCCCGUUUCCGAGUGACUGUUUCACCGGAAGUGUACCGCAUCCCUUCUGUCCACUUCAUUCUACACUGGUAACUGGUCAUUAGUAAACAAACCUGUACCCUGUGAGACACAGAGCACGCGAUCAGUCCGUCAGUUGACAGCAAGUGUUUAUUUUCAGGAAAGUGUUUUAAUCUACGGAAAUAUGGGGGAUGUCUGCCUUGAUUACAAUGUCGUAUUUCCCCAGUCUAGCAUUUCUGAGAAGCACUGGAAGGGAUCUCAAGGACCAGUUGUCAUUUUACUGGGUUGGGCUGGGUGUAAGGAUAGACAUCUGGUGAAGUAUAGCUCUAUAUACAAUGAGCAGGGUUGCAUUACGUUUCGCUACACGGCGCCCCUGAGAUCGGUGUUUAUCUCCGAAUCUUUGGGAUAUAGGGAGCUGCGCACUACUGCCAAUAAACUGCUUGAACUGCUGUAUGAAUAUGAGGUGGAGAACAACCCCAUAUUCUUCCAUGUGUUCAGCAAUGGUGGGUUUAUGCUGUACCGGUACAUGGUGGAACUUCUGCGUAGUGAUGCUCAGUUCCGCACCCUCAGGGUUGUCGGUGCCGUGAUGGACAGUGGCCCAGGUAACCGGAACUUAAAAGGUGCGUUGCGGGCGAUUGUUGCAUCCCUGGGACCCAAGUCCAAUGCAGCAUUGGUCUACAUCCUCCUGGUAUUGUUUGCUUGCAUGGUGGUCCUCCUGAGGAUCAUCUUGUACCCGCUGACCAGGUACAUCCACAAGAACCACUACGAUGCCAUGCGAGAACAUCCUGCAACCUGGCCUCAGCUGUAUCUUUACUCAAGGGCGGACAACAUCAUCCAACAUGAGGAUGUGGAGCAGAUGGUGAAGGCUGUGCAGGAGAAGGGUAUCUCUGUGGAGAGCUUUGCUUUUGAUACUUCUGCUCAUGUGUGUCUUUUUCGAGACUUUCCGGAGGAGUACCCGCGUCGAUGUCUGGCUUUUCUUGGCAACUGCAUGAGAGAAGAGACUAGACCAAAAAAGCGUCUCUCUGUGCCAUCUUAAAGUUACACAGUGGCAGAUAUGGGGUCCAAAAGCCAAACAUUGUAAUUCACUGUAAUGUUUUGAUAUAUGAAUGUACUACUGAACCCUGUGCCUUGGAAAUGUUUCUGGGUAAUGGUUAAACGUGACACAUAAUGUAAAUGUUGAUAAAUGCCUAAAUAGUCAUUGUA